AUGAACAAAAUCGUUAGGCUGCGCUUUACAUCAAACGACGAAAUAGUCUUAUUACGGGAGGUACUGGCACAAAAUCCGUUUGAGGACCCAAAGAAAUGGACCACCAUUAAAGACAAUAUUGUAAAUGUUACAAAUAAAGCAUUUUCACUGGGAACAUUAAAAAACCAUUUUGAUGGUUUGCUGUUAAACUGGCUGAGAAAAGACAAGGCUAAUAGAAAUAAAUCUGGAAUUGAAGAAACCUACACGGAUGCUGAUGUACUCUUGCAGGAGGUGUAUGAACUUUCCCAAGUGUAUAAUAGACAAAAAAUAUUAACGAGUAGCAUUGACGAUGAGAAAGCAAUCCAGGAGUAUUCUGUGACUGCUCAAAUAGAAAAUAAAGAAAAUAAUGAGGUCAUUGAAAGAGACCAUGCUUAUUGUAAUACCAAAAAAAAAACAAGAAGGACUGAUAAACCUGUUAAAGGAAAUGCCUUAGAUUUUUUAAAUAAAAAAAGAACUGCAGACAAUGAGAUUAAACUUAGAGAAUUAGAAUUGGAAGAAAGGAAAUUUAAACUCGAAGAGUAUAGUUUAAAAUUAGAGGAAAGGAAAAUUAAAAUACAAGAAGAUCAAUUGCAGUUUGAUUUUGUAGAAAAGAGAAGGAAGUUGGAAAUGGAAGUCGAAAAACAUCAAGUAUACGUAGAUGAACGCAAGCAAAUGCAUGAAGUUACCACUAGCCAUUGGCAGUUAUUUUUAGAACUAGCAGAACAGUUUCCUGCUUUAAUAACCAGUAAAUUUAAUGGGCCACAAGGUAAAGCCCAAGGAAAUGAGUUAUGGAAAACUAUUGCUGCUAGACUAAAUGGGCUAGGAUAUGGGGAAAAAACUAUUUUGGAAUGGAGGAGGGCCUUAAAAGAUUGGAAAUCCAAAGUCAAAGUUAAAGCAUCUAAAUUAAGAUGUUCAUCAACAUUAACAGGAGGAGGUAGUUGUGACACUCCACCGAUGACAGGCUUACAGAAAAAACUUCUUGGUCUUAUGGGAAGAAAAUGUUUGGAAGGAGAUGAAAACAACUCCAUAGAUAAAUAUAAAGGCAAGAGCCUAAGUGAGAUUGAAGUAGAAGAUGAUAUAUUACAAAAUGAAAAUGCCAGUGAUAGUGACUCAGAAAACGAAGAAAAUCUAAAUUCAGAAGUAAACAUGGAAGAAUAUGUUCAAAGAAAUGAGACAAAACAAAAUAUAGGAAGCGCUAAGGGAAAAAAAGAAAAUAAUAAAAAAAAAUGGAGUGACGAAGAGAAAAUGGCCACAGAAAGCUUUUUCAAAAAUCAUAUAAAAAAGAAAAUAGCUCCAAAAAAGGGUGAAGUUCUUAAAUUAGUACGGAUGCAUUCAACUCUUUUUGACGGACGAAAAUGGGAAUCCAUUAAAGUGUUUGUAUGCAAUAGAUAUGCCAAAAAACAGUAA